AUUAAAAAAUUUCUCAAGAUGGCUUUGGGAGAGGUGAAAGUUGAAGCAAGAAAUCAGUUGAUAGUUUCUACAAAUUUUUUAUGUUGUGUUAUUAGUAGUUCAGGAAUAAUAUCAUUAUCAACAAUCGCUUGUAGUUCUGUUAAAAUUGAAGAUGAGGAUUCAG